UCCUCACUUGACUGGACAGAAACGAAUGAAUGAGUCCUCAGGAUUUCCUUUAUUUGAAUGAGGGAUUUACGGGUUUUAUAGGGGCUGUAAGUGUCAGUUUGUGCUUUUAUGGCAAGCUUUAGCGAGGCGAGUGUAAAUUAUAUCGCUGUCUGUCGGUAUUAGCUCGUUCAGCUAAUGAAAAAAGCCACGGUUCCUCUGUGCAGCGGUUAGAGCAAUAAAACAUCACGCUAUGGAUUAUGAGGAAAAGGCCAAUUCUGUAGCAGAUCGUCUUGUAAGCUACAGGAAAGACGAAUCCGGCUGGAAAGUCUGUAAGAAAUCGAAUGAAGUUGCUGUUUAUUGGCGACCUUCAUCUGAAUUCCCUGGAAAUGUGUAUAAGGGAGAGGGGAUAGUCAACGGCAGUCCACAGAAAGUCUGGGAGUGUUUGAAACCAGAUCCAAAUGGGCUUCGUCUCAAAUGGGACAACAAUGUGAAGAAGUUUGAGCUCCUUGAACAAGUUUCUACAGAUGUCACAGUAUGCAGAACUGUCACUCCCUCUGCUGCUAUGGGUGUUAUAUCACCACGGGACUUUGUCGAUGUUAUUUUAGUCAAGCAAUAUGAAGACGGCACGAUUACAUCAAAUGCGACUCAUGUGAGCCAUCCAGCUUGCCCUCCCCAGCCUGGCUACGUGCGUGGCUUUAAUCAUCCAUGCGGCUGCAUUUGUGUGCCUGUACCAGGGGAAGCAGGUAAAACCCAGCUCAUCAGCUUCUUCCAGACCGAUCUUGGAGGUCUGCUUCCUCGUUCCGUGGUGGAUUCGUUCUUCCCCGUCAGUAUGAUUGAGUUUUACACAAACCUCACUAAAGCUGUUAAAUCUCUCAAAUAGCACUAAAGGCACUUUCUCUAGAAUAUACAUUUCCAUAACUGUUCAACAAAAAGGUAUUUUCUGAUGCUGUGUUUCCCAGUGAGCACUAACUGACCACUACUGGGUUCAUUAUUGAUUUAAAACUGAAGUCAGUCCUGGCCUGGGCCUUGAUGUGACCUCUACAAAAUAUGUCCUUUUUAGUCCAUUAUAAGGUUUGACCUCUUGUGUGAGACCAGAAGAGCUGUCUCUUCUGAAACCAUUUAUUUUUCUGAGAUUUCUGACUUCUUCUAAACAUUAUUGUGCUCACUGGGUUCACAUGUAGUUUUCAUGGGUUUUUAAAUGUAUUAUAUGAUUUCAGAAGGAGCAGAACAGAAAAGUAACUUCCCUGAACAUUUGUCAAAAAUGGCUGUUUAGAAACUUAACACACAAAAAAUCACAUGCAAAGUCAUAAGCUUCACCGAUUGUACAACUCAGUUAACUAUCUGGAACUAUUUAUAACUGAUAAGACGCUAAUCAAGUGACAAGCUAACCAGGUGAACAGUGAGUGUCAUGUUACGUUUUCUGAACCUUUUAAGUUCCAUUUUAUCCAAACACUUAAAAAGAUAUAAGAAGGGAACUGCCACGUAUAUAUUUUUUUCUGUUUUACAAAAAUAGCUAGGGUUUGGUACUAGAUACUUUGCACUACUGCCUAUCCAACCAACAUUUUAAUGGUUUCUUAGCCCUCAUGAUUUAUAUUUUUAAUAUUAAUCAAAUUUUGGAAUAUAACUUCCAAUAAUAAUUUCUCCCUAAAACCUCGCGGAUCCACACCUUCCCCAUAUUACUGUAGUCAGCCUUGUUUUGACUCACGUGGUACUUAUUUUUAUUCCACUUGCUUGUAUUGCUCAUGUGAGAAACAUUUUUUAUUAGUCUUUUGUUCAAAAGGCCAGAGCAAUUUCAGGUUUGUUUUCAUAUUUGGUUUGAGUGUAGCGCAGCUGUGGUUGAGGAAAUGAAAAAAUUCCAGCAUGAGCAUAAAUGUCUUCAGAAGCCCACUUUACAUGCAAACUGGGAUUGUGGGUAAUAAUAGAAUUACACACAGGACAUGAGAUAAAGGAGCUAAGUAGUGAGGUUCACUGGCCAUAAAUUACUUCACAUUACAUCACAUUAUAAAAACAUUACUGUGAAAGAAAUCUCAACAACAAAUUUGAACAAAUUGCUUUAAUUGUCACUUAUAGAUAAAAGCACAAAUGUGGCAUGGACAGGUAAUAGCACAAAUAUCAGAUCACCAGCAUUCUCACCAGCAUGCUGGUCUACAAAAAUAACUACUACUACAUAAAUAUUCACUUUUCUAGUUUUUUCAGAGUUUGACCUACGUCAGAAGUGUUCCAUGGGUGGGAACGAGUUUAAGUCAUUGUGCUUAUCUGAAUAGGAUAUUAAAAAUUUCCUAUUAAGAUUUCAAAUUACUGAAAAUAAUUUUUCAGUACUGGUACUAAUUCAUCUGCUCUUGGAGACCAGAUACAGAAUGCAUCUGCAGAUAUGAUGCUUUAUAAGAAACUACAGUGGGCCCUCCUGCACCCCUAACCCCUGCAAAUGUGGAAAAACCGCAAAUAUCUCUAGGCCCCAUAUUUAACACAAAAAAAGUAAAACAAUACACUGUACUACAACAGUAUGUUUUAUAAACUAUCAGCAAUGUAGGCUAACACACACACACACACAGAGGCAAUACAGUACAUGUACAGUAUGUGAUGCAAUACAUGUACAGUAUUUAGAUAGCAGUAAAAUUAUUAACAGUUAUAACCCAAAACUAAAGUCAAUAUUUUAUUGCACUUUAAGGAUGCAAAAAGUUGAGAGAAAUGCGACAUACACCUCACACUCUACUUAUACUAGUACGCUAUCAUUUUUAUCAUAACAACUCCUUCAAAGGGACUUGUAUGGCACAUAAUCUAAGCCUAAUAGACUUAAACAGAUUACACACUGUUAUUUAACAAAGACAAAUGUAUAUGUAUGUAAACAUACGUAUUGCUUAUUAAGUUUUCCUCCAUGGGAGAGUUUUCAGGACAGAGAUUUUUUUAUCUUAUUAACUGAGGGAACAGGUGUUUAUAGCUGCUACAACAUAAGUGAUAACAGGAACCAACUUGUUUUGCACACAUUCCAUAAUAUUCAACUGAUAAAAAAAGUAUGACAUGUCCUUAUUUAAUUAAUUUAAUUGAUUUAUUAUUUUCCUAUAACAGCAUAUCACAUUAUGUUUUAUUGCUUAGUUAUCUUUAGACAUCAAAGCCUGGCCCUUUAUAGGAGUUACUUUUCUAUUCUGUACUUUUGAAAAUAACAUUUGUGAAGACAUUAAGGAAAAUAAGAUGUGGUGCAAACAUAUGGCUCGAGAGCCUUUUCUGCUACCUAAAGAAAGAAAGAAAGUCUCGGUAUGAAAUAGGGAUGCACCGAUCUGAUACUGAGUGUCGUAAUCAGACCGAAGAUAUCCUGAAUCACUGGACUGGUAUCAGAUCUGAUUUGCCAUUUUACAAUCUGAAAAUUUCAAGAUCUGAUCCGCUGAUGUUUUAAACAUUCCAUAAAUGUGUGACGUUGCCUGACACAACACAAAUCUUGCACAUGUACGUGCCUGUGAUAUUUUGCAUCACUGACCAACAGAAGCUCACAGAGUCGAUUUGAUUACUGUGAGGAUGACACUUGUUGUCAUCAUUAGCUGAAACAACUUGAAGCUAACAGGGUGUCUCCAUAGCUACACCUUUAAACACCUUUUAAUAUGUACAUAGUCACUAACGGAGCAGUAUCAGAUAACAGCUCUGAUACUGGUAUUAUGUUUUUAAAAAAAAAAAAGGGGAUGUGUGCAUCCCUAGUACAAAACCAUUUUUUACUUCUACAGAGAAAAUAGUGCAAUAUGACAAUUUUUAUGCAAUGAGUAGACCCCAAGUGUGGUUCUGUAGGGUGGAUUCAAGUAUUAUGAGACAUUUUAGAAGACUUAAGAAAUUGGUUUAUUCCACAUUCACCUCCAAAUCACUAGAGAGCAUUACUGUAAUUUAAAUUAACUAUAAUACUUAAGAGCCUAUGUUUGGAUCAUUACUGCAGUGAUUAAUAUGUUUCAGCUGGCAACAAUUCUUUUAACCUUAACUGAUGCAGUGUGUAGCUUCUCAUUUCUUAAGCAACCAUGGCAGUUUACGUAUCCCAUUGUCGUGGAAAAGAUGUUACUGAAGGGGAAAAUUGUUGGCCUGCAUCAAGCAAAGAAAACAACUAAGGAGAUUGCUGAAAUCACUGGAACUGGGUUAUGAAAUGUCCAGUGCAUUAUUAAAGCCUGGAAGGAUAGUGGUGAACCGUCAACUUUACAGCAGAAAUGUAGUCGGAAAAAAAUCUUGAAUGAUCGUGAUGGAGAUCUUUAAAACGCUUGGUGAUGUCACAUCGUAAAAAAAUCGACAGGAGAACUCACAGCUACGUUUAAUAGUGAAAGUAAGAGCAUUUCCACACGCACAAUGUGAUGAGAACUUGGACUAAACAGCUGUGUGGCCACAAGAAAGCCAUUUGUUAGUGAGGCUAAUCGGAAAAAAUGACUUCAAUUUGCUAGAGAGCAUAAAGACUGGACUGUGGAGCAAUGGAAAAAGGUCAUGUGAUCUGAUAAAAUCAGAUUUACCCUAUUCCAAAGCAAUGGGCGUGUCAGGGUAAGAAGGGAAAUGGAUGAAGUGAUUCACCCGUCAUGCAUAGUGCCUACUGUACAAGCCUCUGGAGGCAGUGUUAUGAUCUGGGGUUGCAUCAACUGGUCAGGUCGAGCCUCAGCCUCACUGUGCGGCAAUAAAAUGAAGUCAGCUGAGCACCUGAAUGUACUGAAUGACCAGGUUAUCCCGUCAACGGACUUUUUCUUCCCUGACGGCACAGGCAUAUUCCAGGAUGAAAAUGCUAAGAUUCAUCAGGCUUAACUUGUGAAAGAGUCGUUCAAGGAGUAUGAGGAAUCAUUUUCACACAUGAAUUGGCCACCACAGAGUCCUGACCUCAACCCCAUUGAAAGUCUUUGGGAUGUGCUGGAGAAGACUUUACAGAGUGGUUAGACUCUCCUGUCCUCAAUGCAAGAUCUCAGCCAAAAAUUAAUGCAACUCGGGAUGGAAAUAAAUGUUGUGAAGUUGCAUAAGGUGCCGUAAUGAAAGCUAAAUGCAGUGCAACAAAAUAUUAGAUUGUGCGACUUUUUUUUGGCCAGGCAGUGUAUAAUAGUCCAAAGCAGUACAUUUUGUACAUCCAGAAUAUUUUGCUCAAAAACUGUAAUUCCUAGAAUUUUAAUCAUCAAAAUGAAAUAUUAGACUUCACUGUCCAAUAUUUUAUUUAUAUACACAUUGGAAUUUUUCCUUUUUAAUUUUAGGUAUAAAUAAUACAGAAUCUAAAGAAUCUGAAUAUAUUUUUAAUUAAUCAUUUGUUGUUAUUAUUUAUGUGAAAGAGUUUUAAAUGCUUGUGCAUUCCCUUAGAAGAAAUGAGAAAUACACACUUUUGCACUCAACCUUACGUGUACUCAUUCUACCUGAACGAACCCAAACAUGGCUAAAUUAAAGCAGGUCAUUUUUUUAGUGGAAAACUGAGUAGUUAUCCUAUGGUGUGUGUCCCAUAUCAUGUUCACACACAUCCAUAAUGACUGAUGUGCCAUAAAACUCGAAUCCAGCCAAUGUCUGUAGUCCAGCAUUGCUUGGUGAGCUCUAACGCGGUUUAUUCUGCAGGUAGAGAUCACCAAACUGUGCUCGACUCCAGACAUGCAGUCACACAGAUGGGGUCAAAAUGGCUACUUGUUAGUUUUUAGAAACAUAUAAACUCCAUACUCUAUAAUUAAGAACCUCACAUUUUACUUUAGUACUUGCAAAUUCCAGCUUUUAGGUUCAUUUUAUAUUACUUCUGAACUGAUUACCUCAAUUUUCAAUCUUGUCUGACAUUCCUGUUCCCUGGCUUUAAUGCUAGUUGUACCCGGUACGUGCCUGUUGUCUUUUUUUUCGUGUCUGCAUGCCUAGUCAUAUUUGAAGAGUGAAAAGAAAAUGACAUGCAGAUGAGUUACAGCUAAAACAAUUUAUAUAGGUGUUACUGGCUUUAUUCGUAAUUCUGCACUUCACGUAGGUGCUGAGUAUUUUCUUUCCAAAAAAUAAUAACUUAUGCAGUCCAUCACGUUUCUCAAAAUAAAGAACGGGAAUCUUGUACAGAGAUAAUAGGAAGGGAGGACUUGCAUGAUUCCCAAACAUUAAAUGGUAAAGAUCUAAAGGACAAUAAACAAUAGUCAGGAAUUUCACUGUGAUGUUUACAUACUGAUGGAAAGCUUGAAUCAUUCAAAGUUGCACAAAGGGACAAAUGCUGUUUGUGUGUGUAAUCUGCUGCAAUGUGCAUGUGUGUGUUUUUCCUUCUGUGUUUAUACUGUUCCAUUCAAGAGCAUGACUGUGUGUUGUUCAGUGAAGUUAAUUAUCCUGAAUGCAUGUCCACUGGCUAGAAAUGUGUUUGCUGUUCAUUUUAAGGAGGCAUUAUCUCCAGUGCCUGGAUCCUUUAGAAUUAUAUAUAAUUGAAAUUUGUGAAAAUGGAGCAUUUUUUUAUUUUUUUUUAACUGAACAUAUGUGGUAAUUUAACUUUUAAAAUACUAUUAUUAUUAUUAUUAUUAUUACUGAAUAGCUAAGCAGAUAAAGGAAUGGUUCAGCAAAAAAAAUCAGGUUUACACAAUUUUCCUCUUAUCCCAAAUGUACUAAAACAGCCAAAACAUGUUUGAUGUCUGACUGACAUUUGCUGUAACUAUGCAGGUAAUUUAGCUGACAUGUAAACUUUCUCUCACUUCAAAUUCCUUUCCAUAACGAUAUCGUCAUACAAUAAUAUCCUAUAUCUUCAUACAUAUACUUGCUUCAGAUGAUUUGAGCUACAUAUUCUCAACUCAUUGUCAUUGGGAUUAAAGGAAAAUUUUGCAGAUUUGAUUUUUAACUGCCGCUUUGAGGCUCUGGGCUACAGAUCAGAAGAUUAAAAUCCCUGGACUGCCUGAAAUCCAAUGCAGUUCCUGUUCAGCUCUAUGUUUAGAUUUGACUUUGGAUCACUUUGGAUAAACGCUUUGACCAAAUGAAUAAAUAUUAGUGAUUAUUCCAGAUUUUCUGAAUUUUUCAGUGUUCUUUACAGUCUUUGUUGAAUAGAUGUUGGAAUGAGACGAAAUGCCUUUACUGUACUGUUUGCCUAAAUACAAAACAGAGCCCUUUACAUAAUCCCACACAAUGUAUUCCAGCAGCUUCCAAUGAAUAAAUGAUGACCUUCUAGACCAUUGGCA